UAAAAUAGCUCUGGAACUUACGCAUAAUUUUAUGUCUUUAUUUUCAGAAAUCAUUAGGUGAACACAUGAAAACUUUUCUAAGGCUUGUAGAAUGUCAACAGCUUCUAAGGUUGUUCUGGCGCUAACCACUGUGGGUACUAUUGGUAUCAUCUACACUGUUCAUCAAGAACAGAUAGAUGAUAGAUCUAGGCUUCACCAAGGAAUAGUAAAAGAUCUGGAACGUCAGCAACGUAAAACAGAAAAUUUUACCAAGCUACAGCAGCAACAAGAGCUGACGAAAACCUUUAAGAGAAUCGAGAAGGAGGGCGAAUAAGUUUCACUCUGCAGAGACAAUGGCAUUCUCUAGAGACGAUUCAAACGUCCCUGAAGGGUCAGCCCUUAGUCCUCGGCAGCAGAUGUUAAGCUCAGGGGCAGGGGCACUCAUGGUCUCCCUUUUUAUGACUCCCCUGGAUGUUGUUAAAAUUAGACUUCAGGCCCAGGAACAAGUGUACAUGAGGAAAUGUUUUCUGUACAGCAACGGUAUUAUGGACCAUAUCUGUCCCCGUUUGCGGGUGCGAAGGAUGAACGGAGACCCCCCUGUACGAGCCCUGCACACGGUUGAGGAGAUAUGUAACUGUAAAUGGUAUAAUCGGCCCAAAUACUUUACAGGAACUACAGAUGCUCUCGUCAAAAUAGCCAAGGUUGAGGGAGUAGGGUCCCUGUGGUCCGGUUUAUCGCCUACCCUGGUCCUGGCAGUCCCCACCACCAUGGUCUACUUCACAACCUACGAGCAGUUGAAGAAAAUGAUCAACAAGAGGUUUAACACCGUGGUUCAAGGGGAACCCGUCUGGGUAGCAUUAGCUUCAGGAGGAUUGGCGCGGAUCUGGGCGGUUACUCUUGUGAAUCCUUUAGAGCUUGUUCGCACAAAAAUGCAAAGCCAAAAAAUGGCUUUUUAUCAGGUGAAGUCUUGUUUGUCGGAGUUGAUCAAACAACGAGGAAUUCAAGGCCUUUGGAGUGGAUACACUGCUACCUUACUCAGAGAUGUUCCUUUCUCUGCUCUCUACUGGCCCCUGUACGAGGGCACAAAGAAGUUGUUUGAGAAGAAGAUGCUGCUCGGCCAUGAUGCCUUUCUCAUUAAUUUCUUGAGUGGCGCUGCGGCUGGAACUGUGGCUAGCACAAUCACCCUGCCUUUUGAUGUUGUGAAGACGACAAAACAGAUCGAACUCGGGGAAACUAUGAUCGGCGGCGGAUCAACAGGAGUUAUCCGGACCAAUUCAGAGAUAUUUCGGGAUAUUCUGAAGCAAAGCGGACCUAGGGGACUUUUUGCAGGGCUUACACCGAGAAUUCUUAAGGUUGCCCCUGCCUGUGCAAUCAUGAUUUCAAGUUACGAAUUCUUCAAGAAAUUUUUUAGAGAAAAAAACACUCAACACUUCACAUGAUACUUGACCGGAAGAAGUAUUUUUUUCAAACAAAUCUGCUGUGAUUUCCGAAGUGCUUAAAUGGAUUUUCUCCAAUACUAUGGAUCCGAAUCCACAGUUUUGUAGAUCCUUGGUUCAGGAUCAGGGACAUUAGUUAAUUGUUAGCCAGCGUUGCAGUAUCCUUAGACCCUAAACUAAAGAUGCUGUGUCUUCUUCGAAACUUAUCGUUCAUCCAGUUUGUUAAGAAAAAUUCCCGAAUUGAAAAAUUAAUUAUUAAAAAAAAUACUUUAAAAACGAAAAAACUGAAAAAUUGAUGAAAUGAAAAGUUAAGUUCAAGAAUUUAUAAAUUAUGCAACUUUGUCCAAUUUUUUCAAAAUCAAUUUAAAGUUUUAGUUAUAGUAACUGUUAUAGUGUUGGUAUAGCCUGUAUAGUGUAUAUUGUAUAAUGUUUAUAGUGUAUAAUGUGUUAUUUUGUCUGACCCUCCAUGCAAAAAAGGCACUGCCCGAGUUUCUACUGUACCCUUAAAAGCUAUGUCUCAUAAAGUUUAUUUGAAUAACCAUGUUUUUGUUUCUUUCAAUUGAUUUUCAACUGCGGGUUUUCAGCUAAGUGACUUGUGCAUUACUUGCUUAAAAGAAGUGAGGGAUAAUUAACAAUUUAACAAUUUUUUAAGUUGGGAAAACGAAGAUAUCUUACACAUUUUUGAUAAUAUUAAGGUUUCAAGGGUUCCAUUGUCAAUCGGUCACUGCCAUCUUUGCAUAGGAAGUCACACAAAAUUACGGAUACAGUCCUUUUAAUAUUCUGUGAAUAGUUGACUGUCCUAAAUUUUAAUACCAUUUGGAUGAUUAACUAUGAUUGUUUCA